CUGCUCUAACGUCGUGAGAAGGUGUCGUGCAUCCAUUAGCCUCGCUGAAGAAAAUCUGAAAAAGUCCAACUAACCGUGCACAAAAAUGGCUGAUGAGUACUUUUAUGGAGCAACUCUGAAGGAGGGAACCAAAACAGUUACUUGGGACCCGGAUAACAAGCCGGAGAGCUACCCGCGACGACACAAGCUGGUCAUCAAACAGUGCGUCCUUGGCCAUGAGGCUGCAGCGGACGAGUUUAAUGUGGUUCAGGUGGAAACCAUGACGAUUCGUGACACGCUCCGCAUUCCAAUCGCCGUCCUGAAAGUGGGCGAAACGCGACACUGCCGAAUCGAUUUGGAAUUUUCGGACGCACCGGUUACAUUCACGUUGCUCGAGGGUAAGGGUCCAGUACACAUCCUGGGGCUGCAUCUGCUCGAGUCAGUGGUUGACGAAUUCGAGGACAUGGCCGAGAUGGAGGAAGAAGUACUAGACGAGGAGGAACCUGACGAGGAUGAGGAUGAGGACGAGGACGGAGCGUCACAGAGGAAGAAGCAAAAACUGACCAACAACUCCAAGGGCAAGCCAGCUGCCGGUCCCGGUGGUCCCGCCGGCAACGACAAAAACCGAAAGAGGAAAUAAACGGCGCGUUUCGUGUCUUCGGCUAAGCUAGUAGGAGUAGAAGUAAAAGCAUAGGCCACCACAACGUGUCAUUCCUCAACACAAUUUAAUAAUAUGUAUUACAAACAAACAAAAAUCCUCACAAUCCACCAUCAUCACCCCUUCUACCACCAAAAGCCGCAACCCAGUAUCGGCAGCACACAGUCCCAGCUUGAAGAUAGCGAGCCGAAUUGUUCCGCACGCAUGGCUCGAAGGGCUUUAGGGUGAAACUGCACUUCCUCUUUUUCAAUCGAAAUUUUUGCGUACUAGAAUGAUAGGGAAUUAAAAGAUACACCUUAUACCAUCCGCUAUAAGGGACGCGCAUGAAGCAUUAGCCCCCAAUAUUAUUUCUCUCAACAAGAAAUUAUCCGUAUCACUGACACUGUUUACGCAAUAAUAACGAGUCCGAGGACGUGUGAGGGCUUACUAAAACGAAAGACAAAUCGUCAGCAUUGUAAGAAUUAAUACUAAAAUGUGGAAAAAGAUAAACUUGGAAGGAAUAUUCUCAACCGGUAACAGAGAGCAUUUCGUUUCUUUUUUGUUUUUACUCAUGCACAUGACCCGCAACAGGUAUUUGAAAAAGCAGUAAAGCGAACCGAUGUAGUACUACAUCAGCUUGCCUUGCACAUAAUGAGCCAUUACAGAGUGAACUAAAUAUUUGCCACUAAAUCCUAAUAGGGAAAAAGGAAAGGAUUCAUGCGUAACCGAAUGGCCAAUGUAACGAGGCUGAAGGUGAAGGAAAUUCGGGAUACUAUUGUAGAUUCUUCAGCUGAGAUGUCCAUGCACUGCACGGCUAACACCGAAGGGAUGGAAAACGUUCAGCCAUACAUAAGGGGUAAAUAAUUUUAUGAAAAAAAGCCAAAACAAAACGAGAACAAUUUCCUUUGCUCUGGAACAACACAAAAAUACUGAGAUGCCAUGGAUGUGCGGGUUAGAAGAGAACCUUUGUAGAAUGCGGAUUCAAAUUCAUCGUCAAAAGAUAAAUGACAUAAUAAA